AUGUCACGGGAAGAAGAUAAAAUCACGAGGAUCUCUAUAGACCCUAAGAAGCAAUCACUUCUCGAUAAUCAUAUCGAGAAACACUUCACCGCCGGAGAGAUCGUUCGUGACAUCAUCAUCGGCGUUUCUGACGGUUUGACCGUUCCUUUUGCACUCGCCGCCGGACUCUCCGGUGCUAAUGUCUCUUCUUCUAUCAUACUCACCGCUGGUCUCGCCGAAGUCGCCGCCGGCGCUAUCUCCAUGGGACUCGGCGGUUAUCUAGCGGCUAAGAGUGAAGCGGAUCAUUAUGCGAGAGAGGUUAAACGAGAAGCAGAAGAGAUCAUUACUAUGCCUGAGACUGAGGCUGCAGAGGUGGCAGAGCUUUUGGCAGACUAUGGACUAGGGCCACAUGAAUCUUCACCUGUUGUUAAUGCUCUUCGUAAGAAUCCUCAAGCAUGGCUUGAUUUUAUGAUGAGGUUUGAGCUGGGAUUAGAGAAGCCUGAUCCAAAAAGAGCGAUACAAAGCGCGUACACGAUUGCAACCGCAUACAUUCUUGGUGGUUCCAUACCUCUAUUUCCCUACAUGUUCAUACCGCAAGCAAUGGAUGCCGUAGUGGCGUCUGUGGUAAUAACUCUGGUAGCUCUCUUUAUAUUCGGCUAUGGAAAAGGGCAUUUCACCGGCAGCAGACCAUUUAAGAGUGCGUUUGAAACCGCUUUUAUAGGUGCGGUAGCCUCAGCUGCUGCUUUUUGUUUGGCUAAAGUGGUGCACCCAUAACAAAACUAAUGUUGUGUGUUUAAUGUUUUAAAUUUGGAGACUUGUUUGUUUGUUAUUUGAAAAAAAAAAAUCAGGAGGAGUUGAACCUUCGGCUUGAUCUUCCCCUCGAUCCGGAACCAACCUUUGGUUAAAACUCCGACAUGGUUUCGAGACUUGUUUUGUUGCAUGUAAUGUGGUCAUAUAUAUCAUGGUGAAAGUACAACUUAUUGCGAAAAAGAGCAAACUAAAA